ACAAAGUACAGCUUUUGACUUUUGAUCUUAGUUGAGAAACUGAACUAAAAACUAAAGAUGAUGCGGGCUCUGCUUCACGUAUUAGUACCUUUCCUUCUCUGCGUUGCCGUAGCGAACACGGAUCUGUUCAGGGAUGUUCAGGUGGACGUGACUUAUGAACAUUACGCAGAGAAACCGCUCGACUACAUGCCCGCUUUCCUGGCGAUGCCGUUCAACUGCGUGGUGAACCUGGGUUACAUCUUCCUGGGCUUGUACUGGCUGCUCCGGCCCGGGGACGUGGAGGGGACCGACAGCCGCUACAUGAGGGAGGUGUUCGCCCUCAUGGCGCUCUUCUACGGCCCGGUGCAGUGGGCGCGCCUGGCCACGCUGCGGCGCGCUCCCGCCGUGCUCGACCAGUGGGUCACCCUGCCGAUCUUCGCCUGGGUUCCCGCCUGGAUCGACUUCAUAGAGUAUGGAGAGCAGCGCCCCCAGCGCGCGGCCGCGCUCGAGCUGUUCUCCGUCAGCAGCUACUUCCUGGCGCUCCUGCACGAGCGCGGCUUCGACCUGGCGCUGGUCUGUCACGUGACCGCGGCGGUGUACAAGGGGCUGCGCGCGCAGCUGAGCCGUGGGGACCGCAGCACGGGCAGGUACCUGCUGCUGGCCACGCUGGCCUGCGCGGGGUUCGUGGCGCUGAAGCUGCUGGACCACUGGCUGGCUCGGUUCUGGCUCUUCCAGAGACUCACGGGACACUUCUGGUCCAAAGUGUGUGACGUGCUGCAGUUCCACUUCAGCUUCUGUUUCCUGACCACACUGACACGCAGGAAGACUGCUGCACAACAGGAGUGAAGCAUGAAUUAUGGUUCCGCGUUACGCCAACACAGAACCUACGGCGUAGGGUACGCGGCGUCAGGACCGUACGGUGCGUGUCGCCGCGUACCACACGCCGUAGGUUUUGCGUUGGUGUAACGCAGAACCAUAAAUCAGGCUUCAGACGAUGCUCUGAUGAACAGUUGAGACUUUUUCAUUUAACUAGCAGCAGCUCAGUGACUAAAUCUCAUAUACGUUUGAUUAUAUCUGCAACAGAAGGACCCAUAUUAACCCAGAAAACUGCUAAAAAUAAAAUGAUUAUUAUUUUGCAUGAGGCAGGUAUAUCAAAACUAUUCAAAUAAAACGUCACAUGCUGUGUCUUUAGUUUACUCUUGAAAUUGUGGCUGGUUCACAAAUGUUACUUAUCUACAACAGUCUCAUUUGCUGUCUCAGGUUUGAAGGGUUUCUCCAGGCUGAAUGUUUCAGCAUUUUCCAGUGUUGGCUGAUAGAAGGCCAUUUCAGAAUAGCCCAGUGUUUUGGUCCAAAACAUGGAUAACAUUACCAUUUACCUUUGCACUAUUAUAAGUAUUUGCACAAGAUAUGUUGACAAUGACAUAUUGGAAAUGUCACUAUCAGUACAUGUCCAGUUCCGGUGCUAAAUUAUACCAGAUAGCUCUUGAAGACAGUUUGCACUGUCUUUAUUCUGAGCUUAUCAAUGGUCCAAUAAAUGAGUGAACGUUAAAAACAAAAAUUUACAUAGACCCUCAUCAAACUUUCUCUCACUGCGAUAUUGGUUAAUACGGUAGAUGACUCCAAAAAGUUAAAAAUUAAAUGACUAAUGUUGCCUUUG